AAGAUUUUCCCUAGUCUAUUUGGUGGCGGUACAUGGGGUGCAGGAAGGUCACGAUCAAACAGCUGUUCAUCAGUACCAUUAGGGGGGCUCACAGUCCCUUCAGCACGCGGUCGCCAAGCUCAGCUCCAGGGGCCCUCGUCCCCCCUUUUAGGGGGUCCCGGUAAAUACCCUGCGACCCGACAGCCCCUGUAUUACCCAGACAUUUGGCCGCGACUUUCGUACAUGUGCACAGACUGUGGAGAGGAAAAGCAAAUCAUGCACAGACAUGCGACCCCAAACCACCAAGUCUGUCAAGAUCCAUUAAUAUAUCUGUAGAGACUUGCACCCUGUCGUCCUUACUGCAGUCUGCGAUUUCAUCAUUCUUUUGUUGACUUCAAGAUGGAUUCCAUGCCUCGCAGCGAUCUGCCAGCCGGGAACUUGCAACCAAAUCUCUAUGCUGCGGUCAUUGCCACGCCUAUCCUAGCAAUUAUGGUCGUUGCUUUGCGUUUCAUUUCGAAAAGACUUGUUCACUCCACGAUGUGGCUCGACGAUUGGUUGACCCUUGUAGCUCUGUUUAUGACAAUCGGUUUUGACAUUAAUAUAUUCUUUUUUAUCAGGAGUGGAGUUGGCCUGCAUAUCGAAGCGAUCCACCGAGACUCUACCGUAGUGUACCGCGACUUCUUCUUAAACCUGUGGAUCGGAGAGUUGUUUUAUACAUUUGCUCUGGCUCCUGCCAAGCUGGCUUUCCUUGCGUUCUACUGGCGUAUUUUCGGAGUCUCGAGUAUGAGGCUGCCAAUAAAGAUCCUGGCCGCAGCAGUUAUGUGCUGGUCCAUUGUAAGGAUUGUGGUGAAUUUAUUGCACUGCACACCUGUUCAAGCUUACUGGGACAAAACGAUAUCAGGGAAAUGCCCCAUUAACGAUCAGAAAUAUUUUGUGGGUUCUGUGCUAGCCCACCUAUUAAUGGACUUCGCAAUCCUUGCAUUGCCAGGGCCAUAUAUCAAGAAAUUACAGAUCAGCUUGUAUCAGAAGAUUUGUGUGUUUGCUAUGUUUCUGCUUGGUGGCUUUAUUUGCUUCGCAACUAUCACCCAGAUCGUUAUCUGUUUCCAACUCAACGUUACAUCACCAGACUACACGUGGAAUUUUGCUCUAAUGACUCUCUGGGCAACAGUAGAGGUCAAUCUGGCUGUGAUAGCGGUCUGCCUUCCAUUACUUCGCCCUAUAUAUCGCUUGGUGUUCAAUGGCUCUCUACAAAGCACUCAACAAAGCGGAACUCAUUCUGUAUCAUGGAACGACAGAUCGAACCAUCAGACACUGAACACGCUCAAAAAGGACUAUUCUGACUCUACAAGAGAACUUGCAGACAUGGAUUCAGAUGGCAAUAGGAGCUUCACUGAAGUGCUUGAUGCUUCUACUCAGGGCAGCGAUACAAUUUGCGAAAUGGACACUUUAAGUCCUCGUCAAGUACCCAAGGGGAGGCGUGUGAUUAUGGUCAAAAGCGAGGUUGAUGUUAAAUCGUCUGUUUACAACUGAGCAGCACAUGGCUGACGGACCACUAUGGGCUUCAUGCCGAGUGGAAGUUAUUUUGAGACAGGGGCGUUUGGUGUGGAUUCACGAUGGGGACUUGUAAUGAAGACACUGGAUGUUUCAUUCCUCUCAUUCCACAUUUUAGUACGG